AUGCUAAAAUAGUAAGAAACUAUUAUUGAUGAUGGGAUUUUAUUUAAUAAUUAUAACCGAUUCUAUACUUUGAACAACUAUGAAAUGAUCAACCAAUAAAUCGAUAAUUCCUUUGCUUCCAGGGUUUUCAAUUACAUGUCUGAGACUCCUCUAAAUCUGGAUAAUUAUGGUUGUUAUUUAUUUAGAAUCGAUAAUAUCUCAAUAGUGGAAGAAGUCACUAUGCCAAAAUUAGGUUAAAUUCUAGCUCAAAUAGGUUCUAUAGUAUAAUUACUAUUUUUAUUAAAAUAUGCAGCUUUUUAUUAUAAUAACCAAUUACUAGAAAAUGAAUUGCUCCACGAUAUAAUAUCCAUGUAUUAUCCAGAUUUAAAACAAUGCAAAGUUAAAAGCUAUUUAAAGAAAUAAUUGCUGUAGGAAGAGGACAACAACAAAUUAACUUCGACUUAAAAUUUGUUAUCUAUUCAUAAAGCUUUACUUCAAAGUGCUCGGCAAAAAUGCAGACUUAAUAAUAUCAUAUACGAAAUAUCAAGAAUAUAAUUCAUCAUUUAACAAUAAUUUGGGAUUCAAAUUUUAACAGCAAGUCAUCAGUUAGGAGAAAAAUUUGAAAGUAAUAAUUUUAGUCUUGCAAGUGGAAAAGAAACAAACGGAUUUCUUGUCAAACCAAUAGAUCAGAUUGAAUCACAAUAAAUAGUAAAUAAUAAAGAACCUCUGGAAUUGCUACUAAGACAACCCUGA